AUGACCAAGCAAAAACCCAAAUACCGGGCCAAAUCAACCCAGCUUAAGCGUUCAAAGGAUCAUAAGGAUCAAUUGAUUGUUAAGAAUUCGGAGAAAAAAAACAAACUCCACAAUCCACCACCUGAGCCUCCGACUGUUGCGAGUGCUACACAAUCAAGACUAGCAACCGGGCUUGUAAGCGCAAAGCAUUCAAAGAGAAAGUCAAGAAGAAGUUUGGUCUACCUCCCAAUGUCACUUUUAUUCAUCGAGCCAACCAUGAACGGCACUAAAUUGAUUGCACGAUUGUUCAAACAGUUUGGACAAUCUGUUUCAACCCUAUAUAACCAUGGAAUAGCCAGAAACCGAAUCACAACCAAUGGACCAACAGUUGCACCUGGGAAAAGAAAACAAGGGGAUAUGUUUGCAAUUGGGAUGAGAGCUGGAUAUCGGAAGGGCGUCUUUGGAGGUCCUUAUGCAAUCAGUCACCAGACUGCUCUUUUGAUCCAUUCCAUGGAAAAGGACCUCAGACGACAACAGAACCUGCCGUACAUACAAAAUUUCCUGGCCGGCCAGUUUUCUUCUCUUUCCCUUGAAGCUUAUCAAUCCAAUUACAAAAUUGGUGCUAAGCUCGGCCUCUCAUGGGCAUCAAAUCGAUCUUUCAACUCACCCAACGGACAAGCCUUUGGUGGAAACUUUGUAAUGACUCGUGAUGAAUGGUAUAACAAGGCUCAUAAAGAUUGUGAUGCUACAGGUUAUUCAUAUGGAUUGUUUGGCUUGAUUAAACGUGGGACUGGAAAGCUUUACAGGUGUGGUAGCAAAUCAAGACAUGGAUAUGUAAAGGAAGGUCAUUUCUCUUUCCCGGAAUAUAAUAUUCAAGUCAGCUUUGAAGAUUGUGAUGGAGUGGUGGAGAUGGUCUGGGCGAUGGAUGUGGAACACCAGACAACUGAAUCAACCACUCAUGGUGCAAACGGUGACCGUGUUAAACCUCGACAAUCCAAAAUCACCCAAUUUGGUUCAUUGUGUCAAGUUUCAAAGUUGAUUGUUCAACGCAUUAAUUUGAUUCUUAAUAAAAGAAGUGCUAUGAAUGAGGAAGAAUGGGUGGAAUACCGUGAAUCAAAAGUAGAAAAUUAUGCUGACAAGAUUAAACGUAAAUGUCAAACACACAAGAAACUUAGAAUCUAA